GGCUUCUGUGAGAAGGCGCUCGAGGGUGCUGGGGAGCGGAGCCGCAGAGGAGGCGGGAGGCGGUGGCCGCGUUCCUUCGCUUCCCGGCGCCUCCGAGGGUCCGCCGCCGCGCCUGCAGCCCGCGUGCCGUCCGGCUGAGUCCCGGCUGCGGUCUCGAGCCUGCCGCUGCCCCUGACCCCCAGCUCGCGGGGCGAGCCGGCGCCACACCUGUGGAUCGGCCGUCGUCGCGGUUGUCCGCCGGGCAGCGCGCGAGGCGCGUCCUCUCGGCUGGGCUCUGCGGGCAGGAUGGGGCUCCCGGCGCUUGAGUUCAGCGACUGCUGCCUCGACAGCCCGCACUUCCGAGAGACGCUCAAGUCCCACGAAGCAGAGCUGGACAAGACCAACAAAUUCAUCAAGGAGCUCAUCAAGGACGGGAAGUCGCUCAUUAGCGCGCUCAAGAAUUUGUCUUCAGCAAAGCGGAAGUUUGCAGAUUCCUUAAAUGAAUUUAAAUUUCAGUGUAUAGGAGAUGCAGAAACAGAUGACGAGAUGUGUAUAGCGAGAUCUUUGCAAGAAUUUGCCACUGUUCUCAGGAAUCUUGAAGAUGAGCGGAGUCGCAUGAUUGAGAAUGCCAGCGAGGUGCUCAUCACACCCUUGGAGAAGUUUCGAAAGGAGCAGAUCGGGGCUGCCAGGGAAGCCAAAAAGAAGUAUGACAAAGAGACAGAGAAAUAUUGUGGCAUCUUAGAAAAGCAUUUGAAUUUGUCUUCCAAAAAGAAGGAAUCCCAGCUGCAGGAGGCAGACAGCCAAGUGGACCUGGUUCGGCAGCAUUUCUACGAAGUGUCCCUGGAGUAUGUCUUUAAGGUGCAGGAAGUCCAAGAGAGAAAGAUGUUUGAGUUUGUGGAGCCCCUCCUGGCCUUCCUGCAAGGACUCUUCACUUUCUAUCACCAUGGUUAUGAGCUGGCCAAGGACUUUGGUGACUUUAAGACACAGCUGACCAUCAGCAUACAAAAUACAAGAAACCGCUUCGAAGGAACCAGAUCUGAAGUGGAAUCGUUGAUGAAGAAGAUGAAGGAAAACCCCCUUGAGCACAAGACCAUCAGCCCCUACACCAUGGAAGGGUACCUUUAUGUGCAGGAGAAACGUCACUUUGGAACUUCUUGGGUGAAGCACUACUGCACAUACCAGCGGGACUCCAAACAAAUCACCAUGGUUCCAUUUGACCAAAAGUCAGGAGGAAAGGGGGGAGAAGACGAGUCCAUCACCCUCAAAUCCUGCACGCGGCGGAAGACAGACUCCAUUGAGAAGAGAUUUUGCUUUGAUGUGGAAUCAGUAGACAGGUCAGGGGUUAUCACCAUGCAGGCGUUGUCGGAAGAGGACCGUAGGCUCUGGAUGGAAGCCAUGGAUGGCCGGGAACCUGUCUACAACUCAAACAAAGACAGCCAGAAUGAAGGGACUGCGCAGUUGGACAGCGUCGGCUUCAGCAUAAUAAGGAAAUGCAUCCAUGCGGUGGAAACCAGAGGGAUCAAUGAACAAGGACUCUACCGAAUUGUGGGGGUCAACUCCAGAGUGCAGAAGUUGCUGAGUGUCUUGAUGGAUCCCAAAGCAGCCUCUGAGUCAGAAACUGACAUCUGUGCGGAAUGGGAGAUAAAGACCGUCACAAGUGCUCUGAAGACCUACCUGAGAAUGCUUCCAGGACCACUCAUGAUGUACCAGUUUCAAAGAAGUUUCAUCAAAGCGGCAAAGCUGGAAAACCAAGAAACCCGAGUCUCUGAGAUCCACAGCCUUGUUCAUCGACUCCCAGAGAAGAAUCGGCAGAUGUUGCAGCUGCUCAUGAACCACCUGGCAAAUGUCGCCAACAACCACAAGCAGAAUUUGAUGACUGUGGCAAACCUUGGCGUGGUGUUUGGACCCACCUUGCUGCGGCCUCAGGAAGAGACAGUGGCAGCCAUCAUGGACAUCAAGUUUCAGAAUAUUGUCAUUGAGAUCUUAAUAGAGAACCAUGAAAAGAUAUUCAACACCGUGCCUGACGUGCCCCUCACCAAUGCCCAACUACACCUGUCCCGGAAGAAAAGCAGUGACUCCAAGCCCCCAUCGUGCAGCGAGAGGCCCCUGACGCUCUUCCAUGCUAUGCCGUCCACAGAAAAACAGGAGCAAAGGAACAGCAUCAUCAACUCCAGUUUGGAAUCAGUCUCCUCAAGUGCAAACAGCACCCUUAAUUCUAGCAGCAGCCUGCAGCCUAAUAUGAACUCCAGCGACCCAAACCUGGAUGUGGUCAAACCUGCUCGGCCCAACUCACUCCCCCCGAAUCCAAGCCCAACUUCACCCCUCUCGCCAUCAUGGCCCAUGUUCUCGGCGCCAUCCAGCCCUAUGCCCACCUCAUCCACGUCCAGCGACUCAUCCCCCGUCAGGCCAGAAGAAGCGGUCCAUGAAGACUCCAGCACACCGUUCCGGAAGGCAAAGGCCUUGUAUGCCUGCAAAGCUGAACACGACUCUGAGCUCUCCUUCACAGCAGGCACCGUCUUCGACAAUGUUCACCCAUCUCAGGAGCCUGGCUGGUUGGAGGGGACUCUGAAUGGAAAGACUGGCCUCAUCCCAGAGAACUACGUGGAGUUCCUCUAACCUGGAGCCCAGGCAGUCCUGCUGAGCUUCCCGUGGUCUCCAUGACAACUGCUGAUUCUGGUGUCCUGGCCACUUUUCAUUGCCACUGAGAAAGCAGGGAGCCUGACUGCUGCUCCCUGCCAACACGAAUGCGUUGGGAACUUGUGUCACAUCUCUCCAUGAUGGUCUCAGCUGACAGCACACAGCCAGCGGUGCUGCAAGGACAGAGAGUCAUGGGCAGAGGAGGCCGCCUCAUUUCAGUGACCCCUGGAAGCCCCGCAGAGCUGCUUUCUCACGCGGGCCCUGCACAGGGAGCCCUGGUUUCGUUUCAACAGUCAUCCAAACCCACAGGCUUCUGGAAGACGAAACAGGAUGAGAAUAGUCCUACAGAGGGUGCAGCAUUGCUGAGCUGGGGGUGCAGCAUUGCUGAGCUGGACAAGGCAAGGCAAAGGAACUAAGAUGCAGGCUGCCUCUACUACUGCUGUUUGCAGGGGGCGUGCUUCCUCUCUCCUUCCUUCUCCCAGAGACACAGGGCUGCAGGCAGCUGGGCCUGGCGGCAAGCGCAGGGGAUGGGGGGGGGGGUGCCGCGCUGUUUACAUAAGGUCCAAUCUCUCACCAUCUCUCCAGCAGCUGUUGGCCUAUAAUCAGCAGCGUUCAGUCCAGUCCUCUCAUGCAAAGAAGCACAUGCCCCUCACGUUCUCUGCCACUGAAGGCUUCCAUCACUGCCAUCACCUAGUAACCAUAGCAACCCAACCUACUCUAAAACUAAGCCAAAAAUAGUACUCCUCUUUGUAUGACACCCCCCUCCAUCAGUUCUGGUGGGUUUUUUAAUGGUCUUCCAACAAUCUGAAGCAAGGGAUUAGACCAUUAGGGUGGUCUGUCUGAGGCAGACAGGGUAACAGCUAGGGACUGCUCCUUUUCUGGUAUAUGUCAGCAUCAUCAGGAUAGGUUUGGAGCAAACUCUAGGAACCUGUUGAGAUUAAACCCAGACACAAUCAGUACUUCUGUUCUUCAUGCAAUGAGUUCUUGCUUCAGAGGGCCAGAUGCUACCUCCCUCUGGGCUAGUGAUUGGCGGGUCCCCUCUGGUCCCCACUCUCCCUGCUGCCUGUCUUUGCCCUUGCCAAUGACCCCAAACAGCUCCCUAGAAUGGUUUUGCUACUGAGGUCCUGUAGAGUUGAGAGAUGAUUAUUGGGCCAAAUCUGUAGCCUGAAUUUUAAAAGGACAUCUGUAUUCACUGCCACCAGAGAAAGAGGGGAUCAUUAACUAGUUGUCCAGGCAUGAGGCUAUUAUAGACAACUCGGAAUCUGGAAGACACCAGAUGAUGAGGCCUGGAGGCUAGGGAGGGUGCCUUCCUUCUAGGAGAGGGAAUUCCCGAUUAAAAGGCACUGGGUUUCACUGUUAUGCAUGGGAGACCACCUGGUCAUCUCAACGUCAUGUGACCUCCAAAGAACGGAAUCAUGGUAUCUUCACAUGUACAUGCCCUUACACUAGAGGGCCUCUGGACAGACACGCUGCCACGUUCUCCAGGAGCCCCUGGGAUGGCAGUGUUGCUCCAGCGUGUCUUUGGUUCUGGAAUUCCCUUAGGGUUCUUUAAUGAAGAAAAGAAAAACUUGAAUUGUGUUGAAUUACUGUAUCUUUUGCUUUUUUUUAAGAUAAAUGUGUAAAUAGAAUGAUUUGGAAUAUUAUAUGGUAAAGUUUUAUAUUUGAUAUUCUUUAAGCUAGUUGCUCCAUACCUUUAGUCUUUGAUUGCUGAACAAAUGUGUUUAAAAGGGUGCAAGAGAGGCAGGGUUGAUGAGUCAUAGUCAUGUCCCCUCUCUGGCCCGUGAAAGAAUGUUUCCUUAUGGUUCCUGUCGGUAAGCCUGAAAAGUUCAUUGUAUUCAGUUUUCUGUAUCUACGUGUGAUUUCCAGGCUUCAGAGUUUAAAGGCUUUUCAGGUAAUGAAUUUUCAAAGAACUCCCAUCUAACAGUAAACUCAGGGUUUAAGUAGGUGGGGCAAGGGGUGACAUGUUUAUUUGUUUUUGUUUGUUCUUCUCAGGUGUAUUUCUUGGUACCCCAGGAUGUCCAGACAGAAGGAGAUGAGACAAUUACUCCUUUUCUUCCACAUCUCCUAAGAUUUUAUAAAUAUAGCCUAGCUGGUAUGUAACUGUGUCUGUCAGUUCUAAGAACAAGAGACCCAGCUGCUACGAUUUUUAGUUGGCGGUGUGCUUUUACUCUCUUUCUGUAGGUAUGUUUCUGCACUGCUGUUUCUCCUCCAGAUUCCCUACAGCUCCAAAUUAAUUCCCCCAGAGGGCUGUAAGCUGCUACAUCUACUGUAGUCCCACUACAGCUGUUAGAGUUUACCAGCUAAAGGAUUGUACUGUUGUCACCAGGAACUCAGCCAGGAAUAAGGGCAACUCUACCUUCAGUCAGAGAGCCAGACUGAGCCGAGCAAGGCAGACACAGGACUCAACCGCCAUUGAAGCUGGGCAUGAGGGCUCCUGCAUGCAGGCUUAGCACUUGGAAGGCAGAGGCAGGAGGGCUGCCGAAGGCCUAAGGCAGACAGGUUUUGGGGUGGGGAGGAGGACCGAAAACUAAAGAAAGAAAGGAAAUAGACUCAGGUCCCUAACCUAUUCCCUGUGAGCUUGAGAACCAAUUAAAAGAGCCCAGUAUGAUACUCUGAUGAUUUAAAUGGUCACCUGCCCUGUCAUAAGUGAGGUGUUCUUGUAGUCAGGUCCCAGCAUGACUGCUUGGAUGCACAUCCUCUCUGCUGAGCUGGCCGUGGUUUGAAGCCUCUCUCUUAGGCUGACCUCCUUCCAGCUUCCCUGAGGCCAUGUGUGGCCUAUGACAGAUGGUCACUCUGUUUCCCUCUGUCCAGCUAGGCCUCCCUCCUCAUCAUCAGCUAACAAACUGGGGAGGUGAAUAGGAGCCAAGUGAACUGGAAUAUUAAAAAUGAAACAUGCCCUUUCUGCUCUCUGAACUCCCCCUCAACUCCCGUGGGUAAGGAUGACUGGUGUAAAACGUGGGGAGUGGGUUAUCCAAAUGGAGGUCCAUUGAUCGAAUUCCCAAAGAUUCCCCAAGCAUUGAGUUUCUCUUCUAGUCCCUGUGAUCAGCUGGUUAUGACCUGAACUGGGUGUUUUUAUGAUGAUUGGCCCACUCCACCUUGAGAUACAGAGUUCUAUAACUGAAUAGUGUCAUGCAUGCCUUGAGAAGAUAGCUGGUUCCAAAUCCCUGUCCCUAAGCAAGGAAAACCUGGACUUGCUGAAGAUUAGAUUCUCCCCCAGUUUUCAAGAUCAUUGUAUAGCAACGAACUCGAUUUAGUGGACCCCUCAGGAGCCUAUCAGUACUGGAGCCAGUUCUUAGUUUUUCUAAAGCCAGUUGUGGAGUCUUGUAGGUGCUUUCUUUGCAGUGAAGAAAAGAGAAAGUUAGCAUAAGUAAUUGGAGACCAGCACUGUGGCAAUGAGCCAUGCUGGUUUCUUGGGAAUUGCAGGCACACACCCACAACUCUCUACAGGAGCGUGCCACACCUGGAUCUCAGAGAAAUCCCUCCUGGAAACGGUAACACCAAUCAUACCAAAACUGUUACUCUGUCUUAGAGGUUCCAGAAGUGUCCAUGAUUGAGGCAUGAGGAAAUAGACUAAAGAUGAUGUGAUUGUGUAUUCAUGGCUGGCUGUUGACACCUGUCAUCCUCUGGUACCUGCUUUCAGAGACAAAGCUACUCUCCCAGCUUCAUAGCCAUGGAGCUCCCAGGUGACCACCCUGGCACCCCACAUUUGCUCCGUCACCCAUUGUUCCUCAUAGAUACCUGACUUUCGAAGGAAUGUCCUGGGUGUCUGUGGAGGGAGUUAUCCGCCACCUCUGACAAACUUGACAGUGAUCAUGUAUGUAGACAGCCCUGCCCCUUAGCCCUUAGUCAGCCAGGUGCCCUUCACACCCCACAGUGGUGUUUGAGAAAUGCCUUUUGUGCUCAAAUAUUUCUGAAGCCAUGCUGAUCUAGUGGCUGUCUGUGAGGAUAGCAUCAAACUGACAACAGCAAGAGAGCAGUGAGCCCCACACAUUCCUCAACACUCCCGAGACAAGACUCCAACAAGUAAUAAUUAGCUCUCUUCCUCUUGCCCCCACAGUACUAUAUAACUUAGAGUUUCCCAAAGCAGACAACGAUUCCAGAUGUCACUCAGAGGCAGCCUUGUGUUCGUGGGAAGAAAAGCAUAGAUAUAAAAAUGCCAGGAUCAGAAAGAAAAAAGUGAGCCAUACCGAGAAGCCCCUGAUCUUUAUAGAGUGCUAAGUUCUGCUCUUACAGGAGCAGGGGGCAGGGGUAGAAAUGGACUAUGGCAGGAAAAAAUUCACCACUAAUAAUUUUUCACAAGUCUGUAGGACACACAAUGAAAAUACCCUUCAUGGUGGAAUGUUUUAGACAGCAAGAACCGAGCGUAGUCCUAACCCAUGGAAGGUCAGUUGAGAACUGUUGUGUCAGAAUUAGUGUAGUUGGUGGGGUUCAGCCAGGCUGGGACAUUCUGUACCAUCCCACAUCCACAGUUCCCAUAGGCUUCUGAGUAACAGUCACCAGCGGCGUUCCUCAGGGUCAAGAUGCCAGGACCAGCAUAGUGUCUGUGAAAACAUCCAUCUGGUGAUUACAAAAGUUGUGUGUGCAUGUGUUCCUGUGUGUGUCAUGUAUGGCACAUACCUACAUGUGUAAAGAUAUAGCCUAAUGAUGGACACACAUGAGCUUACACUUCCAAAACUUUUCCCGCUUUGGAGAUUUGGAAGUAGGGUCUCAGAGGCAUGCAAGGCUGUUGAUUCCCAUUCAAAAGAUCAAAGAUGCAAGUGAGUACCAUCCAAAGCCUGCAUUCACAUUUAUCACGUAGUCAUCUGCGGCUGUGUUCCUUGUGACUUAUUAAAAGUCGUGUCAAAAACUCAAACCCAGUAGCUAAUGCUAGGCUAGUGUUCAAAAGCACUCUAAAAGACAUUUACUCCUUAUUUUGGGAAAUAAACUAUUUGCAUGUUUAAUUCAUCUUUUAGGCUACCUUUGAGUAUACUGUACAGUGCUGUGUGAUAUAAUAUCAAUAAAUUACUUAUAAAUGGCACUUUAAUAUUUUCUUUUGAAAAAUCAUAAAUAAUGCACUGUUGUAAAUUUCAGUAUUGAAUAUUGACUGGUGCAUAGAAUCAAAUUCUGUAAUUAAAUAGUAACCUGCAAAUAGGAUAGAACAUUUUUCCUGUUAUAAAAAAAAAACAGUUUGCCAUGUUCAGGCUUUUAAAAAAUGUGUUUCUGUGCCACUGUGUGUAUCUAUGAAGAAAAUACAAUUUUUGUCAAGCACCUCUGAAACUUGUCUUUUUUAUGUUUGGUUUGUGUACGUGGCAAUCCCUAUAAAGUAGAAGUAUAACUUUUGAAUUAAAUGAUUUUUCCAUUUGA